UCCGUUCCAUUUCCCUCAUCUUUCCACAUCGUCUUCUUUCGCCUACCAUCUUGUAACACAUAUCCACAAAUCAAAAAGGAAAUCGCAACGGGCAAAUGGUAUUCGGCAUCAUCACAGCAACAGCCAUCUGCCCCGCCAUCUCCGCUACCAAACAAGCCAUCGAGGGGGGCAUCAAAGGUAAUCGACGGGCGGGCAACAAGUCCCUCGAUUUAGAGGUUUUCAUCACUUUCAAAGGAGGUGGUGUGGGGGAUCCGGGGGAGGUGUAUAAGGGGAAAUUUGAAGGUGCAGAGGUUGUACUGGGAGAGGACGGCAAGGUAUACAUCAAGCACGCCCGAGCCCAAUUUCCACCCCAUUUUGUCAGCCCGCUGGUCGGCCAUUUCCAGGCAGUGGAAGCGUAUACACUCGCCUGGGCGAGGGUAGGUCAUCAAGGGGAUGUUUUUAUUGUUAAGCCGCCGGAAAAAAGUUCUCCGUCAUCCUCUUCGCCCUCACCUUUGACUUCUCCUAGUCGAUUAAAAGGUCCUUCUCCUUCUCGUCCAUCAUCAUCGUCGUCCUCCCCUUGCUCUUCAUCUUCACAGCUGGCAAAGGAAGCAGGACCAAACCAAUCUCCACCCCCUUCCCCAAAACCAUCCCCCACUUCCGUCCCUGCAGAACAACCACCACCAUCAAAACCAAAACCAAAACCUCCACCACAGCCACACCACCUCUACCUAAACCCUACCACGCACUCCAUCCAUCACGCUCCUCCUCAGAUCGCCGCAACCGCCGCCCCGGGCCCAUGGUCCCUCACACCGCUCUCGCACCGUAUCCUAUUCGAAGGCUGGGAAGGUUUCGUGAUCGUCCAAGAAUCAGAAGCCGACGAUCGCUGGGCACUGUAUUUCGACAGGGGGGACAACGGUCUGACGGGAGAGGGCCAGGCGGGAGAUGUUGAGGGGAAUGACGGGAAGAGGAAGAGGAUGUUGGCGGUACAUUUGGAAAGAAGGGAAGGAAGGAGAACAAAGGAGGAUCAUGAGGCGCAGAUGGAGUCGGGGAGGAGAAAGAGGGAAGAGAAGGAAAAGGAGGACGAUAAGCGCUGGCUAUGAGGGUUGUAAUAAUCGUUGUGCAUGUAACCCUUGA